AGAGAAGUCCUGCAGGCGGCAACCGAUGUGAGACUUAUGGGUUUCAUUGUUAUUCUGAUGUUAAUGCUACAUUUCAGCGCUGGAACAUGAGUUCAGUCCUAUUUUAAUUCAAUUAUUUAACUAUUGGAUUUUAUUUAAGAAAAACAAAACAAAAUCCGAACUUGUUGCCUGGCUUCUGAAAUAAUUUCCGUUUAUUUAUCACCGAAUACAACUUGAGGAGUGUUUCUGCAGUUUCAGGUAUGGACUCGCAUGCAGUGCAGCACAGAAGCUUCCUGUCUGCAGCGGGUAGCUAGCCAUGCCUAGCUAGGUGUCUUCUGCUACUGGACUCAUCCCUCGUAAUUGAAUCUUGGUCAUAACCUCCAGGACUUUUAAAUCCUUCUUGGCCCCCCUCUGAACGACACCAUGGGGGAAAGACGAGCACACUCCUUUCACAUGACUUGCCAUGUGCAACGCGACUAUGGCAGCAGGAUGGGGAGCUCCUAUAUAAGUUCCAAACCCAACGGAUAUGCCAGCACGAGCCUCAGCUUGGACCAGGAUAUGGAUGCAGCCUCCUCUACGACUACUAGUUCUGCCCUCGUGCCUACUACACCGAACUUAAGGCACUACUCUCGAGUUUUACUGGACCCCCCAGGCGGGAAUAAUGGAUCUGGCAUUUCUUCCUAUCCGGCAGUGGACCCAAUGAUCCCAGCGCGACGGACCUUACAAAGCCAGCCCUCCAUCACCUCUGUCCCUCCAGCUCUCCCUCGCUCCAGCUGGAUGCUAAAUCAUCAAAAGGAGUUCCAGAACCCUUACACCAAGACGAGCAUGCAGGGGGAUGUUUACAACUUCCUAGAGAGACCUGCUGGACUGAGAUGCUUCCUCUACCACUUCCUUGUCUUCGUCAUGGUCCUAGUGUGUCUAAUCUUCAGUGUCCUGUCCACUAUAGAGCAAUAUGCAGAAUUUGCCACUGGAACACUCUUCUGGAUGGAGAUUGUGCUGGUGCUGUUCUUUGGCACGGAGUAUGCGGUCCGGCUGUGGUCGGCAGGCUGUCGCAGCAAGUAUGCAGGCAUCAAAGGACGUCUCCGCUUUAUCAGGAAGCCCAUAUCAAUCAUAGAUUUGAUUGUGGUCAUUGCCUCAAUCAUUGUGCUUGGUGUAGGUUCCAAUGGCCAAGUGUUUGCCACCUCUGCCAUCAGGGGUAUCCGUUUCCUUCAAAUCCUGCGCAUGCUACACGUGGAUCGACAGGGAGGAACGUGGAGGCUUCUGGGAUCUGUAGUCUUCAUCCAUCGGCAGGAGCUGAUCACCACACUAUACAUCGGCUUCCUGGGCCUGAUCUUUUCCUCCUACUUUGUCUACUUGGCGGAGAAGGAUGCUGUGGAUGAGGAGGGCAAGACGGGCUUCUCCAGCUACGCCGAUGCCCUGUGGUGGGGUGUGGUGACCGUCACAACAAUCGGCUACGGAGACAAAAUUCCUCAAACGUGGAUAGGGAAGGCCAUUGCUUCCUGCUUCAGUGUCUUCGCCAUCUCCUUCUUCGCUCUGCCUGCUGGUAUCCUGGGCUCAGGCUUCGCCCUGAAAGUCCAGCAGAAGCAGAGACAGAAGCACUUCAACAGACAGAUCCCUGCUGCAGCCUGCCUCAUACAGACACUUUGGAGGUGCUAUGCAGCGGAGAAACCAAACGGCUGUAAUGUCACAUGGAAAAUGUACGUUCUAACUCCAGAGGUGGUCACCACAGUGGAAACCGACAGCAUCACCCCGAACAUCAGGAGGCUCAACCUCACAAGAAGGGGCACCAAGAGGAGGCGGAAGUCCAGAGGAAAUGGAGGCAUGGGUCUGGCCACGGAUAAAGCUGUAUCGAUCCCCCAAAUCACCUACGAUCAUAUCGAGGACUCUGAGGAGAAGAAAGACGUCCCUUAUUUCCUGGGAGGUGAAAGACACGAUGUUCAAGGCCCUCCUCAACACUCUUGGUCUUCUUACACUCUGAGCUGCCCUGGCUCUCCAGUGAGGAAGGAACAUGAUAACAGCACCUCUAUCGACAUCUCCCGCACCAACAGCUUAAACGAUGAUAUGGACUUCAUGGUGGAGGAUAUUCCCCCGCUUGCGAUGAAAGAGCAGUUGUCCCAUGCCCAAAGAUCAGCUGUAAAGGUCCUCCGCAGAAUGCAGUACUUUGUGGCCAGGAAGAGAUUUCAGCAAGCGCGGAAGCCCUAUGAUGUGCGAGACGUGAUCGAGCAGUAUUCCCAGGGUCACCUCAACAUGAUGGUCCGCAUCAAGGAACUGCAGAGAAGGCUGGACGGCACACUGGGGAAGCCAGGAAUGUUUCUUCCAGGAAAAGGAGAAGAUAAGGAAUACCCAACUAUUGGGGCACGACUGAUCCGGCUGGAAGAUAAGGUCUACAAGAUGGAGCAGAAAAUGGACUCCGUCCUGCGGAUCUUGAUGCAACAGUUUCCACCCAAGCCGGAGCUGAAGCCCACGCCCUCCUUCCGCAGGGUGACCAUCCAGAAUAGCAAGGGUAAAAACGAGGACCUCUGAUGUCGCAGUGAAGCUCACACUGGGAAUGAUGGCGUCGUCACCAAAGGAGAAUUAAACGACAAUGAGUGAACAUAUACAGCCUAGGCCCAUACAUGUAGAGCCAACCUGAUCAGAAUCAGAAUCAGAAAUACUGGGAAAAUGUUUUCCGUUGCAGCAGCAGAUGAUAAUAAUAAUAAUAGGGGUACUCAGUCUUCCAACAAACCCUCUCUUUCAUUUACAAUCACACAUUUUCUCUUAGGCUGUCUACUGAGAAUAGAACAACAUUUAAUUGUCUACUUGGACAUGAGGGAACACAGGGAUUGGGAUUCAUAAGGAAGUCUAACCAACUUCUCUUCUUGUUAUUCUUGGCCCUGUUUGGGUCCUGUUUGGUUGUCUAAAUGUAGCUUUCUCUUUUAAACCUCCAUAAAGGCCCUUAGUCUUCCCGUGCAGCACACAGUGACUCAAGCAGCACCAUGCCAUAUUAAUUUAUUAUCCUACCUUAGCUCAUAAUCACACUACUAAGAUAAUGUUAAUUUAUGUGUGGCCUGUCACUGAGCUGCAUUCCUCUACUCCAAAUAUUAUUCCAAAGCUAACUAACCCACUAAUGAAGUCAUAAUGAAAUCAAAGCACUCGAGUUCCCCAAAGACACAGAGAAAAACGGAGAGUCCGGCCAUGGCAGAGGCAUUCCUCAAAUCCUUCUGAUUAUCUUGGCACCAUCCACCCACAGUACACAACAGGGCUAUUUCCAUAGCCACAUAUCCAUCUAGCCUAACUGUACUUAGGCCGCGGCGUGUGUUUGUUAGUAGUGAUCGAAUAACACGAGGAGGGAAGGUCAGAUUAUCUGUUGAUUUUGCCCUGCAGUAGGAAGCGGAAGGCUGGAAUAAAAGGAAUGGAAGUAGAGAAAUGUGUAUGAGGUGGGCGGCUAACUUGGUGUUGAUUUACAGCUGCAUCGAAGCUAAUGAAAAUAGCCAAACGGCUGUUACAGGGCCUGGUGCUGUGUUACAGUCCAAAGUAAAGGCAUGGUCUCUCAUUUUCACUUAGAUUUCAUGAGCAUAUCGAUCUCAAACUGCUACCUACUCCACCCUGCUUAAUAUCCUCCAUUAUCCUCUUCAGGGGGCACUCACUGCUGUGCGCAAUUUGAAAUAAAUUUGCCCCAUUAAAGCUCUGAUUAUUUUUUCUCUGCAGAGCUAAUUAAGUGCUGAAUUCCUGGUAAGGGGAGAUUACUCACUGAGCUUCUAAUGAAAAGAAACACUGGAAAAUGUGCAGAAUUUAAACAGUAAGCUUUGAGGAGCAGGCACACUAAUUCUGUGUGAAAGGUUUGGAAAUAUCAGCCUACCACUGAGAGCGCAGGUUUGAAAUAAAACAACAAUGCUCUCACUUUGUCCCCAUACUUAUCUGACGGGAUGCCGAGGCAUGUAGGAUGUAGAAAACAGAAAAUAAUUCAACUAUGUAGCUGCUGGAUGAAAGGCCUCCUACAAUUAUAGCAUGCACAUUCCUAAAGAGAUGCAUGCAAACACAAAAGGAGGGUGAACAAGGGAAGGCAAAUGUGAAGAAGCCUUCUCUCUGCACUAGUAUUUUCAUAUUAUUGCAUUUGUUUGAAAUGUUAUUAUUUAUUAUUUAUCUUACAUGGUUGUAUUUUAAAGGUAAAUGUUCUCAUUUUGUGAAAAACCUUGAUACACAUCCACCUGUCCAUUCUCCUGUACAGUUUUUUAAAAGUUGUAAAUAGAAACAUUGCCUUAUUGUACUGUAUUUAGUAUCAUGUGGAAAGAUCAACUUGGAACAUGUCUACUUUUUGAAGCAAUGAGAAAAACAGAGCGCGGCUCCUGUUGUAAGAGAUGGAUGGAAAUGAUCGUAAAUUAUAUUC